AUGGCCGGCGAGGUAAAAGGCUCCGAAGAGCGAGCCGAGUCGAAGGACGAGGUUCUCGAGGCCUUAAGCUCGGAAGAGAAAGCGGAGGCCAAGGACGAUGUUAUGGAGGUCGAAAGCUCCGACGAGCAAGUCGAGACGAAGGAAGAGGUUAUGGAGGUCGAGGGCUCCGAAGAGCCAGCCGAGUCCAAGGACGAAGUAAUGGAGGUCGAAGGGUCCGAAGAGCAAGUCGAGAUGGAGGACGAGGCUUUGGAGGUUGAGAGCUCCAAAGAGCAAGCCGAUACCGAGGACGAGCUCAUGGAGGUCGAGGGCCCCGAUCAGCAAGCCAACAACAGGGACGAGGUAUUGGAGGUCGACGACCCCGAAGAUCAAGCCGAUUCCGAGGACGAGCUUAUGGAGGUUGAGGGCCCCGAUCAGCAAGCCGAGAACAAGGUCGAGGCCCCCGAUCAGCAAGCCGAGAACAACGUACUGGAGGUCGACGACUCCGAAGAUGAAGCCGCGCACAAGGACGAGCUUAUGGAGGUCGAGUGCUCCGAAGAACAGACCGAAAACAAGGACGAUCUCAUGGAGGUCGAGGGCUCCGAAGAGCGAGCCAAGUCCAAGGACGAGCUCAUGGAGGCCGAGGGCUCCGAAGAGCAAGCCGAGACCAGGGACAAGGAAUUGGAGGUGCCAGGCUCCCCGGAUCCAGAAGCCGAGUCCCACGAGCUGGUUGCCGAGGCUUCCUCCUUCGAGCUGGAGACCCCCGGCACCUUCGGCGAAGAAAUGCUGGCGCCGGCCGGAGACCUCUCAGGAGACCACGAGGAGGGUCUUCGCAGCCGCCUGCGCGCCUUCCUGGACCAGCGGAGGCAACAGAAGGAGAAAUUCCGGGACCUCGGCCUGAUCGAGGCCUUCUCUCUCGGAUAUCCAAAAAAAGAGAGGAGCUUCGUCGUCUUAGACCGGCGGAAGGACAUCGGUGGCAUGUGGGCAGAGCUGAAGUUCCCUGGCCUUCGCACCGACUCGCCCAUGGGGCUGUACGCCUACUCCUUCCAUCCCUCGGCCACGACGACGCGGAUGAUGCCGACCCGGGAGGAGCUGCUGGAGUACUUUCAUGAGGUGGUGGAUGAACAUCGGCUGGCGCAGUACAUGCACUUUGAGCAGCAUGUCCGGCGGGCAGAGUUCGACUCGAGGAAGGCACGAUGGACCCUGACAACGGCCACUGGAACGCGUUGGACAUGCCGGCACGUGAUGAACUGUACAGGAUACUUCGACCUCUUCGAUCCCUACAUCCCGGAGAUCCCUGGGAUGGCAGACUUUGGGGGCAGGCUGGUGCACACGCAUGCCUGGCCGCAGGACAUGAGCCUCGAAGGCAAGCGCGUCAUCCUCGUGGGCAGCGGGGCCUCUGCGGUCACGGCUGCUCCUGCCUUGGCGGAGAAGGCCCAGAGCGUGGUGAUGCUGCAGCGCUCUCCGAGCUACAUCAAAUCAGCACCUCUGCGUCAUGCGCCGUGGUCUGCAUGGGCCAUUGCCGCCUGGUUGGUGAGAGGUGGAGGCGUAUUCCGAUGGCUGGGGCGGUGCCUGUUUGGGCUGAUCUUCCGGCGCUUGCGCCGCGAGGCCCUGCGCGAGGCCAAGGCCUACAACGAGAAGCGGUGCGCCUGGAGCGCAGGCUGCCCCGAGGCGCUCGCAGCCCGUGUGCGUGAGAGUCAUGCCGCCGUGGAGGCGGUGGCCGAGCGCCUCCCUGAGUUGCGGCGCCACUUCACUCCCUCCUACCAGGUUUUCGAGCAGAGGAUGUGCUUUGCUCCCGGCGAUGAGUUCUUCAUGGCCAUUCAGCGAGGUCGCCUCAGCAUCGUCACAGCGCACAUCGACCACUUCACCCGGACGGGCCUUCGCCUCCAGGCGCUCGCGGAGAGCGAGAGCCGGCUGGCAGAGACUUUGGGUGAGCCGGAGACGCCGGAACACCUGGAGGCCGACGUCGUGGUUCUUGCGACGGGGCACAAGCUGAGCCUUCUAGGAGACGUAGAGCUCGUUGUCGACGGAUGCACGCAGAAGAUGGGUGAGAAGAUGGCGUACCAAGGAGGCCUCAUGGUCUCCGACGUGCCGAACUUGUUCAACUUCUCUGGGUACUUCAAGGGCACCUACACCCUGAGACUGGAGGCGGAAGUGCCGCUUGUGCUCCGCAUCUUGCAGUUCAUGGACACCCACGGCUACGCGCGCGUCGUCCCGCGCUGGCGCGGUGGCGAGGAGGACGUGGACCCGUGCCCCCAGGUGGGGCUCAUAACGUCAGCUGCCGGAUAUGCAGACUCUGCAUGGCACGGCCCCAACUAUGCCAAGCGAGAUGCAGCGUGGCGUCGCAGACCCUGCGUGGGAAAGCAGAUGCCCUGGAGAGGCGGGUGGAACUACUACGAAGACUGGACCCACUGCCACGACGCACGCCCCGAAGACGGCACGCUCGAGUAUGGCAUCGCCUAG